AUGACUUCAGCCAUGCAGCAGAUUAUUUUAUGCAUAAAAUCACUGACAAGAAAUAUUUUCCUUUCUUUGUCUAAAGCUGCGCAGAGUGAGGAGCGGCUGUGUGCAUUUAAGGACCCAUAUCAGCAGGACCAUGGAAUCAGUGAGAGCCGAAUCUCCCAGGAGAAUGGCACAAUUUUGUGCAUGAAAGGUAGUACCUGCUAUGGACUUUGGGAAAAAACACGAGAAGGAGACAUACAUCUUGUGAAACAAGGUUGCUGGUCUCAUAUAGGAGACCCACAAGAGUGUCACUUUGAGGAGUGUAUAGUUACAACCACCCCUUCCUUGAUUCAGAAUGGAACGUAUCGCUUCUGCUGCUGUAGUACAGACUUGUGUAAUGUCAACUUCACAGAAAAUUUUCCGCCUCCUGACCCUACUGAUACAACACCUUACAAUUCUUCUCAUUCUUUUCAUCGAGAUGAGACUAUAGUUAUUGCCCUUGCAUCUGUGUCUGUACUGGCUGUUUUGAUUGCUGCUCUGUUCUUUGGAUACAGAAUGCUUGCAGGAGACCGUAAACAAGGUUUGCACAGUAUGAAUAUGAUGGAGGCAGCAGCAUCAGAGCCCUCAUUGGAUCUGGAUAAUCUGAAGUUGUUGGAGUUGAUUGGCCGGGGGCGAUACGGAGCAGUGUAUAAAGGCUCCCUAGAUGAACGUCCAGUUGCUGUGAAAGUAUUUUCUUUUGCUAAUCGUCAGAACUUUGUCAACGAGAGGAACAUUUACAGGAUUCCACUGAUGGAACAUGACAACAUUGCCCGCUUCAUUGUGGGGGACGAGAGAUUCACUGCAGACGGCCGUAUGGAAUAUUUAUUGGUGAUGGAAUAUUAUCCCAAUGGUUCUUUGUGCAAAUAUUUGAGUCUCCACACAAGUGACUGGGUGAGCUCCUGUCGUUUGGCACACUCUAUAACGAGGGGCUUGGCGUACCUGCACACAGAGCUACCUCGAGGAGACCAUUACAAACCUGCAAUAUCCCAUCGUGACUUGAACAGCCGCAAUGUACUGGUAAAGAAUGAUGGAACAUGUGUAAUUAGCGAUUUUGGACUCUCCAUGAAGUUAACUGGGAACAGACUUGUACGCCCAGGUGAGGAAGAUAAUGCAGCCAUUAGUGAGGUUGGUACGAUCCGUUAUAUGGCCCCAGAAGUGCUUGAAGGAGCAGUGAACUUGAGGGACUGUGAAUCUGCUUUGAAACAAGUAGAUAUGUAUGCGCUAGGCCUUAUCUACUGGGAGAUAUUUAUGAGAUGUACAGACCUCUUCCCAGGGGAAUCUGUGCCAGAGUACCAGAUGGCUUUCCAGACAGAAGUCGGAAACCAUCCCACUUUUGAAGAUAUGCAAGUCUUGGUGUCUAGAGAGAAGCAAAGACCAAAAUUCCCAGAAGCGUGGAAGGAAAACAGCCUGGCUGUGAGGUCACUUAAAGAAACAAUUGAAGACUGUUGGGAUCAAGAUGCUGAAGCUCGACUAACAGCGCAGUGUGCUGAGGAGAGGAUGGCAGAACUCAUGAUGAUUUGGGAGAGAAAUAAAUCAGUUAGUCCAACGGUCAACCCUAUGUCAACUGCCAUGCAAAAUGAGCGGAAUCUGUCGCAUCAUAGGCGUGUAUCAAAGAUAAGGCCAUAUCCAGAUUACUCUUCCUCUUCCUACAUUGAAGAUUCAAUCCACCACACUGACAGCAUAGUGAAGAACAUUUCUUCUGAACAUUCAAUGUCCACUACACCAUUGACUUCAGGGGAAAAGAAUAGAAACUCCAUUAACUACGAGCGGCAACAAGCGCAAGCUCGCAUCCCUAGUCCUGAGACAAGUGUCACCAGUUUGUCCACCAAUACUACCACCACCAAUACAACUGGCCUCACUCCUGGCACUGGCAUGACCACCAUAUCUGAAAUGCCUUAUUCAGAUGAAACAAACUUACAUACCACAAAUGUCAUGCAGCCAGGUGGGCCCACCCCUGUUUGUCUGCAGCUAACAGAGGAGGACUUGGAGACAAAUAAAUUGGAUCCAAAAGAAGUGGAUAAGAACCUAAAAGAAAGCUCUGAUGAGAAUCUGAUGGAACAUUCACUUAAGCAGUUUAGUGGGCCAGAUCCACUCAGCAGCACUAGUUCCAGCUUGCUUUAUCCGCUGAUAAAACUUGCAGUAGAGGUGACAGGACAACAGGACUUCACACAAGCUGGCAAUGGUCAAGCAUGUUUGAUUCCGGAUGUCCCAUCUGCUCAGGUCUAUCCUCUACCCAAGCAACAGAACCUACCGAAGAGGCCUACUAGCCUCCCCCUAAACACCAAAAAUUCAACAAAGGAGCCACGGUUAAAAUUUGGUGGCAAGCACAAAUCAAACUUGAAGCAAGUGGAAACAGGCGUUGCCAAGAUGAACACUAUCAAUGCUGCAGAACCUCAUGUUGUGACAGUUACCAUGAACGGAGUGGCUGGGAGAAGCCACAGCAUAAACUCUCAUGCUGGCACAACCCAGUAUGCCAAUGGGACAGUGCCAUCUGGACAGACAACCAGUUCGGUAGCGCAAAGGGCCCAGGAAAUGCUUCAGAACCAGUUCAGUGGAGAGGAUAGUCGGCUGAAUAUUAAUUCAAGCCCUGAUGAGCAUGAACCCUUGUUGAGGCGGGAGCAGCAGGUUGGCCAUGAUGAAGGUGUUCUGGACCGCCUAGUAGACAGGAGAGAGCGACCACUGGAUAAUGGCCGAACAAAUGCCAAUAACAACAACAGUAAUCCGUGUCCAGUGCAAGACACAGCUACAGUCAGUAUCCCGAAUGUAGCGAGAAAUCCUGGGCAGACCCAGACUAGAAGAGCACAGAGGCCUAAUUCGCUGGAUCUAUCCGCCACAAAUAGUUUGGAUAGCAGUAGUAUGCAGUUAGGUGACUCCUCACAGGAUGGCAAAUCAGGCUCAGGAGAAAAGAUCAAGAAACGUGUGAAAACUCCGUACUCACUUAAGCGGUGGCGUCCUUCAACGUGGGUCAUCUCCACCGAGCCGCUGCACUGCGAGGUCAACAAUAACGGCAGUGACCGGGCAGUCCACUCCAAAUCCAGCACUGCUGUUUACCUUGCGGAAGGAGGCACUGCCACCACAAUGGUAUCUAAGGACGCAGGAGUGAACUGCCUGUGAAAUACUUUAAAAGCCGACAAAUGACCUUUUUUUUGCAUUAUUUGAAACAAACAUGCAGAAGACAUUUUAAAAAACUGCUUUCUCCUCCUGUCAGCAACCCCUACCAAGGACUCGCUUUAAAUAGAUUUCAGCUAUGCAGAAAAUUUUUAGCUUAUGCUUCCAUAUUUUUUUAUUUUGUUUUAUUUUUUGAAUGUUUUUGCACUUUUAUUUAGUAUCGCUAAAGUUAAGUCUGUCUGUUUUGACCACGGAAUAUAUAUAUGUGUAUCAAAAUGUGGUCUCAAAAUAUUUUUUUAAAAAAAGUAACAAAAAAAAGUAUUGCUGAUAAUCAGUUUGGACCAGUUUCUUAAGGUCACUAAGAUCAUAAGCAGACUAUAAGACAGGUUUGACUGCAGUGGUGUCUUGUAACCAUGUUUUGAUUUCUGUGCACAAGCUAGUCUGUAUAUUUCUAUGUUACAAAGUGUAUUCUCUUUUGAACCCCCUAUUUUUCUUGUGUCAUGUUGAAAUGUGCAAUAGUCUAUAGUUCACAGUAUGCUUUAUUGAAAAGUGUGUUUCUAAAACUGCCACAUGUUCCCCUUUUUGUAUUUGUUAAUUUUUCCCUGACAGUUGAGCAGUCAGCCGGUCAUGACAGUGAACUUUGCACACCGUAGCCAGCUUGAAGCAGCUGCCUAUGUCACAUUGUGCUCUGGGGUGACAAUGCAUGAAUUUUCCCCAACUUGAAAGGGCUUUUAAAAAGGAACAAAAAA